AUGGCUGUCGCAACAACUGGGAUGCUACCUCAAGAGCGUGUCGCAGCCAAUUUCACGCUCCACCGUUCGGAGACAGUGGCUCAUUCGGCAGGACUGCUAGAUCGGAAAAACUCGGCCGCGUCCACUCGCGCCCGAGGUCGUUCUGAAGGCUUUGCGUGCAAACAUAGUGAUGCUUUCAGGCCUUUGGGCGCUCCGGUGCCUCCAGAGAGAGUGACAGAGAUGAACAACUCUACGCUUGGCAAGGUGUCGAAGAUGCAAGCUGCAAUAGAUCGUGAUGCAAGCACCUUCCACCAGGAUAAAAUGGACAAGGAGAAAUCACGCCGAAAGGAGGCGGAGAUGCGGAGGGAGCUUGACAAAUUGCAGAAGGAACUUAUGGACAGGCCUACAUCUCCUGACGGGAAGGAUGGAAAGGAUGAACAGGGCGAAGAAGGAAGUUUGGAGGCAGAGCGGGAGGAGAUGCAGGGCCUGGGAAAGUUGCCGCAUGCUUUGUACGGGAAGGACCUCCCUCGGUGUGGUCAAGCGCAGGAAAGACAGGAGAAAGAUGGAUUUAAAUCGUUGAAGCUGCACAUCAAAGACUCGUUCCGUCGCGUAGAGCAGGUAAAGUCUGAUGCUGACGCUGCUUUUGAGGCAUGUGCAGGGACUUUUGGAGGAUUCCAAGAAAGUGGUAGCGUCCGAACAUGA